CACCCUCCCCAGCUGCAGCCCGCCGGCUCGCCAGUGCAGCCGCGAUGCCCCGGAGCCCGAGCCCGACCCCGGCCCGGGUUCCCGGCCCACCGCGUAUUUAGCCUCCGUGCGUCCCGAGCGCGCCACCGCCAACGCCGCGCCCCGACGCAGCUAUGGGCAACACUGUGCACAGGACCCUGCCAGACUCGAGCCCGCCCGCGCGCCUCCUGGCCACCCGGCCUUGCUGCGGCCCAGGCCCGGAGCGGCGCCCAGUCCUGGGCGAAGCGCCGCGUUUCCAUGCACAGGCCAAGGGCAAGAACGUGCGGCUGGACGGCCACUCGCGCCGGGCCACGCGGCGCAACAGCUUCUGCAACGGAGUCACGUUCACGCAGCGGCCCAUCCGGCUAUACGAGCAGGUGCGGCUGCGCCUGGUGGCCGUGCGCCCGGGCUGGAGCGGGGCUCUGCGCUUCGGCUUCACGGCGCACGACCCGUCGCUCAUGAGCGCCCAGGACAUCCCCAAGUAUGCCUGUCCUGACCUGGUCACGCGGCCCGGUUACUGGGCCAAGGCGCUGCCCGAGAACCUGGCGCUGCGCGACACUGUGCUGGCCUACUGGGCGGACCGCCACGGCCGUGUCUUCUACAGCGUCAACGACGGCGAGCCCGUGCUCUUCCACUGCGGUGUGGCCGUGAGCGGCCCUCUCUGGGCGCUCAUCGACGUCUACGGCAUCACCGACGAGGUGCAGCUCCUCGAGAGCGGGUUCGCCGACACGCUGACGCCCGCGCGCCUCGGCCAGGCCCGCUUCAGCGCCUGCCUGCCGCCCAGCAGCCACGACGCGGCUAACUUCGACAACAACGAGCUGGAGAACAACCAGGUGGUGGCCAAGCUGGGCCACCUGGCGCUGGGCCGCGCCCCGGGCCCGCCGCUCGCCGACCACGCGGCCGCCGCCAUCCCGUGCGGGCCCCGCGAACGCCCGCGGCCCUCGUCGUCGCCGGCGCUGCUAGAAGCCGACCUGCGCUUCCACGCGACGCGCGGGCCCGACGUGAGCCUGUCGCUCGACCGCAAGGUGGCCUGCGCGCCGCGGCCCGACGGCGGUCGCACGCUUGUCUUCUCCGAGCGCCCGCUGCGGCCCGGGGAGAGCCUCUUCGUGGAGGUGGGCCGCCCGGGGCUGGCGGCGCCCGGUGCGCUGGCCUUCGGCAUCACGUCAUGCGACCCGGGCGGGCUCCGGGCCGCCGAGCUGCCCACCGACCCCUACGCGCUGCUCGACCGCAAAGAGUACUGGGUGGUGGCGCGCGCCGGGCCCGUGCCAAGCGGAGGCGACGCGCUCAGCUUCACUCUGCGGCCCGGCGGCGACGUGCUCCUGGGCGUCAAUGGGCGCCCGCGCGACCGCCUGCUGUGCGUCGACACCACGCAGGCGCUCUGGGCCUUCUUCGCCGUGAGCGGCGGCGCCGCAGGCCAGCUGCGCCUCCUCGGCACCCUGCAGUCCAGCCCAGCAACCACGUCCCCGUCAGGAUCCCUCAGCGGCUCCCAGGACGAUAGCGAUUCCGACAUGGCCUUCAGUGUCAACCAGUCCUCCUCGGCAUCUGAAUCAUCCCUGGUGACGGCCCCCAGCUCCCCACUGAGCCCACCAGUGUCCCCCGUGUUCUCCCCACCGGAGCUGGUGGGCAGCAAGAACAGCGAGUGCGCGGUGUGCUUCGAUGGCGAGGUGGACACGGUCAUCUACACGUGUGGACACAUGUGCCUGUGCCACGGCUGCGGCCUGCGGCUCAAGAGGCAGGCCCGGGCCUGCUGCCCCAUCUGCCGGCGGCCCAUCAAGGACGUCAUUAAGAUCUACAGGCCGUAGCCUGGCCCGCCGACGGCCUUGACCAGAGCAAGGUCACCUUUCUGAAGCCCACCCCCACCCCGGGCCGGGCAACCACCAUGGCCGCCGGGGAGUCCAAGGGCAGCAGCUAUCUUGCCUGCCACUCUCCAGGGGUGGGCAAGGCGUGACAGUCGUGGACACGAGGCCCCCGGGGGUCUCAGUCCAAGUGAGGGUUGCCUCUGGCUCGAAAGUGCUUUGCCCCCAAAAGGCCGUCCCAAGAGCGAGCUCAGGAACUGCCUGGCAGACUGCCCUGUCCCCCGGUGACCUCUCAGCUGAGAAAUGGCGUCCUCUGUGCAAUGCCUUUUGCUGGGGUUGGGUUGAGUGUGUGUGUGAGAGAGGGGGAGGGGAGGGAGACAGUCCAGAGAGGGCGAGUGUGUGAGAAUGACCUAGAGAGAACGUGUAGGUAUUUUUCCAGGGAUCCUGGCUCUAGGAGGUUAUUUAACACUAAGGAAUGUGCAAUCCGGAGCCCAGACGGUAGCGUGACUAGAAGUUGUUCACUUUACAGGGCUGUGACGUCAGCUGGUUUUGAAUGUACAAAGCCUGCACCUAAACAGAACUCCCUCAGGUGGUAUAGAAAAGGGACACUCAGAUUUUCUAAGGCGAGGAAAAAAUAGCUCCCUGUUUACAGCUCCGAAGCGGCAACUCCUCGGGGAGUAGUUGGGCGGAGAACAUAAGAGAACAAUUUGCUUUUUCAGUUUCUAACUCAGUCUUGGAGAGGAGUUUUGACUGGGUGCUGGGGCCAGAGCUCUGGGCAGUGUCUUCUCCAGAAGCCUUGUCACCCCUUCAGCCCCAGACAGCCUGAUUACAAGCACACCACCCCUUGACUCCAUCCCUACCUGCUUUUAGUCUAUAGCAUCCUCACCGUCUCCAAGGAGAAGACAAGCAACAGGUUCCCUUUUCCUGGGGGGGGCGGGGGGAAGAAUCCUAGAUGCCGGUGAGCCACCUGGGGUUGGAAAGGGUCACUCCGAAGCUCUCCACAUUUCCUGCUGAAAUCCGGGGCCUGGCAUUUGCCAACGGCUGUGGGCAUCACCAGGAUGACCUGCUGGCCAAGUAGGGGAAGGAAGCAGGGCUUUGCAACCGGAAGAUGUUAACUGAUCAUUAGGAUGUUAACUAGGAACUGAGACACUCGCUGAAAAUGCUGACACUGGGACUAUCCCCCUCCCCAGGGUUAUUUGCUGGGCAUUUCCUGGGACCCUGGCCCUGCCCCAACCCCCUCCCCCCUGCCUGGGCCCAUCUCUGCAGACUCCCGGACCACACCUGAGCUGAUGGGCUGGGAGGCCUGCAAUUCCCUUCUGGGCCCCACCUCUGCCCUGUCUUGUGCUGUACCUUUAGGGAGGUCCCUGGGCCUCUCUGUUUCUCAGUUCCCGAUCUGUCCAAGAGGAAGCCUGGUACCUGCCCACUCCAGAGCUCUUGGCAGGACUGGCACAUUUUAAAAGGCCCAAGACACCUUGCAAAGAGCAGGUAUUGUUUUUAGUCCAAUUCCUAAUCUGUUCCUCUGUUGAGGGAAGCGGGGAAGGGAGGACCUUCAGAGUUUUUGCCUUCACGUAACAAGUGUUGGUUGCGUGUCUGGGGUCCCCCUCGUCAGAUCAAGGCCCAUAAGGCCAGUCAGUCCGUGCCCUUGUGAUGCUCCAGGUCUUAGACCAUCUGCUUCUCCUCUGCCUGGUAUUCCGACCUGAUCUCAACUUCAGAAGCCCUACUCUUGCCCCUUCAAGGAUCCCUGAUUAGUUCUUUUUCCCUUAUGAACUUGGGAAACAUGCCCAGGUUUUAAUUUUGCAGCAGAAUCUUUAGGGGAGUGACUGGCACCCCAGCAUUUGCCAAGAUAAGCGUUUGCACACCUAGGCGGCGCGCGGCACCCAGCUGAAGUUGGUCCGCUGGAGCCUUCUGUUUUCCCCGCGUGCUGGGUGUGGGCAAGGCCACGCACAGGCCCCCUGUGAGAGGGCUAGCCACCCACAGGACCGUGGUUCUCCAGGCAGCAGCUCCACUGACUGGAUUGAGCCAUAGUCGCAAGCCCCGGUGGUCUCGGCGGCCUGGGGGGCCAGCUCCUCUCUCUUGUCCCCUCGGGUUCCAGCCAGGGUCAGUGCAACCACUGCCAGGAAUCCAGGGAUCGAGGGCCUGGACCCAGGGUGGACCAGGCCAUGUGCCUGGUGACCUGUUACCUGGGAAGAAGGGAGCUGGUGGCCUGUUUAACAUGCUCUGCAGCUGCUAUAAAUAGCCUCCCUGUUUCCAAGAGGAAUUAAGGGUGUGUUUAUCUCCUAAAAACCAGACAUUUCCUGGUGCUCGAAACAGAUUUCUUCAGCGCUGCAGAGGAGCUGCCCACACCGCCCUCUAGGUUCCGUCUGGAGAGGGGGCAGGAGGAAGAGGGAAGGGAACCCCUCUCCUUUAUUUGGCAUCACUGUGUGCCUGGCACUGGGCUGGAGAGGUGCAUCCCCAUGUCAGUCCUGUGAGGGAGGUCUUAGUACCAUAUUGAGUCGUAUCAAAGACACCACUGAUGACAAAACACACCAUUCUAUGUACCACUAAGGGAAAAACACUGCCGAUUUCAACUGUAAGGUGCCACAGCUAUUCGAUUCAUUUUACUCCGACAUAAGUGGAGAAGCUGUGCUCCUAGAAUCAGUGAAAUACGAUAUUAUCCCCAGUUGGCAGGUAAGAGAACUAAGGUGCUGGAAGUGAAGCAGGAGGUGACAGGACUGGGCUUCAAACCCAGGAGCGCGUGAUGCCAAAACCCACGCUCUCCGCUGCUUGGCCCUGAGCCCAGAAAGCUCGAGACUGCUUGAGUUUUCUUCCUUGAAGCUCACCUGGGAAGCACCUGGAGAGAGCUGGGCACCCGCCCCUGUGUGAGGGUUCCAGCCCCAGACUGCGGCCCCUGUGCUGCCCGGAACCCUGGGAGCACAAGUGUCCUUCCUUUCAGGCUUAUCUGCCUACUGUCCACCUUCUCCCGGCAGAGCUGAGCCACGUGUGAGCUUGGGUCCAACCCAAGGGCCUCCUCCUGUUACGUGGGGGUGCCCAUCAGGGGAGACACUUGUCCCACCACCUUCCUGGGCCUCAUGACCACCACCCCCCUAAGUAGGGCCCCCAGCGCAAGGACAGGAAGACCAGAGGAUACCCCCAUUGUUGUGGUCUGGUGCCUGUUCAUUCUGAACCGCCAGAGAAAUUGAGCUGUUUCCAAGUCAAGACAAACUCCUUUUUCUAGCCCAUUCUCAGAACUGGGAGUCUUCUAGGAUUUAGCUACCCAGGGCAGCUGCUCCCCUAAGUACAGCAAUGCUUUUUCAGUCAUCCGACAACCACUGGUCAGCGUGGCCUGUGUUCUGGACAAAGGGAUGGGAACCGGGUCUAAAGACAAGGCCUGCAGGGAGCUCGCAGUCCAGAGCAGGAGGUGGGCAGAUUUGUAAACUUGUAUUGGACCCAUCUAGUGCUGGGUCCUGUGGUAGCACUUAGUAGGUACUCAUUAAAGAUUUACUGAGUAAAUCAGAAAUCAGGUUAUGAGUCUUCAGGGUUUGGUAAAACACCGUGUAUACAUGCACACAAAGUCAUUCAACAGACAUUUGCUGAGUGCCCACCAGGCGUGGGGUGCUGGGAGGACGGAGCUGAGCGGAUAGGACCCCAGCUCUGAUGUCAGAGGGAGUGACAUUAUGAGACAUUUGGGGCAGAGUCCAUGGGCUUUCCUGGCCAUUCUGUUGCCUCGGGGGUCUAUCUUAGUGAGUACACAACUGCUUUCCAGACCCAGAGCCCCCUGCACACUUCAGAAAGCCUCCUCUGAAUUAGGAAUGCCGGGCAUCUCGUAGUCACUGAGUUGCUGCCGAAAUGGCCUUGGACAGAACCCUCAAGAGCCCCACCGACCGAUAAUCGCCUUCAGGUCUUGCCAGGGAGACACAGGGAGGUAGCUACCUGCUACUUUCAGGCCUUGGGACCGGUGACUGGCAAUCAAUCCCCAAGUCGACAGAGAACCCCCAGUCAGUUCCAGAAUAGGGUUGUGCAAACUCUUGGCGAAUGAGAGGCAGUCACCUUCCGCUGCUCAAUCCUGUCUCUGACCCGGUUCUGGCAGAAGGACUCCGGCUCAGGAACACGUGUCCUCCCGGCAUCUCUCGGUAUUUAAUUUUCUCACCGUCUUUCUCAAGUCCCUAGUGAGAUGACUUGUACAACAAUUUGUCUGUGCCUUAUGAAAGUGUCUGUGCACUUUUAAUCCUUUUUGAAAGCAACUUUAAAAAGUGGGCCGGGGACUAGCAUACGUGGUAGUGUUCUAGAAAUCUGUGCUCAUCACUGAAACCCUUCUGCAUUGUGUAUUUGAUGUUGGAGUGAAGAAGUGUACGUCCCCCGCCCCACCCCACUACCUGUGUACAGACCUUUUUAAAAAAUGUCUCUUUUUCUGAUUCAAUACUGUGACCUCUCCAAUACAGUCUAAUCUUUGGAGAUCUGUAAUAAAGGUUUCAAAACCUGGGGGGAAUGGGUGGGGAAGGGUUUGCACUGGUCCUGUGUGUUGUGCUCUUGCGUGUUGUGUGUUUUGAUUUUUGUCUGUUUUUAUCCGUUUUAUAUUAACAUAAUUUUCCUGUUUAAAAAAACAAAUACAACUUUGGCUUGUUAAGAAAGUC